AGUAAUAUAUAUAUUUUGAUAUUAACAAUACAUAUGUUAAAAUGUAAAUAUCAAAAAGAAAACAAGACAGACGUAAUUGGGAAUUUCAAUAAUAAACAUAUAUCGUAGUAACAGUGAGGCUCUGCUACUAAAAAACCUGCCUGUAUGUACAGAUUUAAAAGAAAAACACACACACACAUCAAUAGAAGGUGAAAAUGAAAAGUAGGAAAGAAUUGGUUUCUCUUUUUCUUAUGUUGGAACCAUACAAUGAAAAAUGAUUUGUUCAUGGAUUUGGUUUGUGGUGUAUAUAGUUACACUUACAGCUUCCAAGCCUACCGUAGACGUGUACAGUGUAAAGCAAAUUAAUAUUUGGCCACCUGGAUACAAUGUCAAACUGAUGGCUGAUGUUAAAUCUGACGAUAACUUGACUGUAGUGAAAUGGAUUUUUGAAAGAAAUUUUUCGAAUACAUCCUGGUAUAUCGAUACAUCUAAAAAUUACAAAAAAUAUAGCGGAAGCACUCUCAAGUAUCCAUCACUUUUGAUAUGGAACCUGACGUAUGCUGACUCAGGAAAUUAUCGCUGCAUUGCUAAACAUAUGGAUGGAACGACGGAGAGUGAAAAUGCCAUUAUAGUAGUUGUCAAAGAUGUUCCAGUGGUAGACAUUGAAAAACGUGCAUACAAAGUUGCGUUUGGAAGAUCGGUCAAACUGAAAUGUACAAUUAGAUCCCUCCGGUUUCCUGUUUUGUCAGUAUUUUGGGAAAGGCAUGUAGACGAUGGAUUAUUCAUUCUUCAUAGUGGAUUGUCUGGGAUAUCAGGUGCGUCUGUUGGUUUUCCGUCCUUGACAAUAGCGUUUGUCAGUGUUGCGGAUGCAGGAACGUACAUCUGUUGUGCACGAAAUAAGAUUGGAAUUGGAAAGAGUCUUGAAACAAAUUUGGUAGUCAUUGGCGAUGCUCCUAUUAUAAGCCAACCAAAUAAAACAUAUAUAGAAGUACCUUUUGGUAUGACCGUUACAAUGGACAUUUCUGUUGAAAGUGAACCACCACUAUUAGAAGUGUAUUGGAAGUUCAAACCAAAUGAAAAAGUGUCAAAUAUCAAACAAGGAACAGUUGGGAUAGAAGGUGGUAACGUGACGAUCCCUUCACUGACAAUUGUAUAUCCAACAAAGUUCCAUAUCGGAUUUUAUAUCUUCUGUGCUACGAAUCUUCUUGGGACGAGAUGUAGCGAGCAGAUAAAGCUUACUGUAAUUGGAGAAGUUCCGGUUGCUGGGAUUUUGCAUGAUGAAUAUUUAACUUUUUUUGGUAGUAAUAUUACGUUAACUUGUCAAAUAAGUGGAACACCAGAACCAACAGAUGUGUACUGGGAAAGAAGAGUUAAUAAUAGCUCAAAGCUUAUAACAGCCGGAACAGCUGGAAUACAUGGUUGCUCACUAGAAGUACCGUCAUUGACCAUACUCUAUGUUACAACAUUGGAUAGUGGAAUGUACACGUGUCGCGCUGUGAAUCUCGUUGGCAUUGGAAUUAGUCGUCAAAUAAAGCUCAAAGUUGUUGGAGCACUGCCAGAGGUUGAAAUAGGUAACGCUUUGUACAUAACAGUUCAUGGUAAAAUAGUUACUCUAGAAUGCACCAUCACAGCGGAUCCACCUGUUACUAUGGUGUAUUGGAUCAAGAAUAAGAACGAUCUUAACUUCACAAUAACUGAUGGGUCUAUGGGAGUAUUUGGAUCUUCUGUGGAAACUCCAUCAUUAACACUUGAAUAUCCUGCCAAAAGCGACGCUGGUGUAUACUGGUGCUAUGCAAUUAAUGCUGUUGGGCAUGCAUCGAGUUUAUCAUCAUCUUUGACAGUAAUUGGUGACAUCCCACUACUCUCCAUUGCAACAGAUUUAUAUACUGCAAAUUAUGGAUAUGAACACACAAUAGAAUGCUUUGUUAACGCCACCCCUAAACAUACAGACGUCUUUUGGAAACAUAACGCGUCAGGAUUCGUGCGGACCAUAAAUGAAGAAACAUCUGGUGUUCGAGGUGCUUCGGUAGAUGUUCCAUCGUUGACGAUCAAUACUGUUACAACAUCUGAUAUUGGUAUCUAUACAUGUAUGGCAAAGAAUCCCGUUGGUAUUGGAAGCAGUCAACAGAUAGAGCUUUCGGUUAAUGGAGGAAUUCCCAAAGUUUUCAUAGGUUUAUCAAAAUACACAACCAAGCAAGGAGAUGGGGUUACACUUCUUUGUACAGUCAAAGCGCACCCUAAGCAUGGUUUAGUGUACUGGACCAAAACAUCUGAAGACAGUGUUGUUAUAUUAAAAGAAGGGGCAACCGGUACUGAUGGCAUAACGAUAGUUACACCUUCUUUAACGUUUAGAACAACUGAAAUAUCAGAUUCAGGAGACUAUAUUUGUUAUGCUACAAACGAGAUAGGAACAGGAAUGAGUAGACCUACAACACUAAUAGUUUAUAAAGAAAACAACAAAAAUCUAAAGAUUGAGCUUUCUGAUUCUGAUUCUGGAGCUGAACGGACAUUGGAAAUAGUUUUUGCUGCCAUUAGUUCUAUUGCUGUCCUUGUUGCUACCAUCGUUGGUGUUGUAUCAUUGAUCAGAAAAUGUCGAAAUAUAAAUCGUGAUAACAGUUCAGAUUUGCCUAGAUAUCUGGAAACGGCCGUAUAGCUUAUAACAAUGAUUUCUGAGGACAGUGAAAUGUAAACUAAACAAAUUGAGACAUUUGUCAACAGCUAGCUUUCAAAAAAAACUACAUGCGUUCCUUUGCUUUUGUUAUAUUUUCAAAUGUAUGUUGUGAUCUUACACCAUAUACCUCUUUGUUUCCGUUAAAUCUCAAAUUUAAUAUAUAUUAAUGAAAGAAUCAUAAUUCAUUUUGAUAGCGAAAAAACUGACUUUUAUACUAGUUCACAUUCACAAAGUAGAACGCCUACUGAUUUCUAAUAUUAGUAAUAUCAAUAAUAAUAAUAUCUUUAUUUAAAAAGAGUUUCUCGUUGUGUUCAACCAAUUCGUAAUAAGGCUCUCUAGAUACAUCAUUACCUACAUGAAUAACAUAUAGUAAAUUUAUUAUAAUGGCUUGUUCAACUCUAAUACAAUGCCUUUUUCACUGUGACAGUCAUAUCAAACUGAAAACAACUUGAUUGACAAUAUCUCUUUUUAGUGAAAAUUGUCUGGAAAAGAUUUAAAGGGUUUGUAGUUUGUGAAAUAGGGAUUGAAAAUCAUACACUUUCUCCUUAUUUUAUAGAUUCUACUUUUUCGCCCAUAGGGAAAUUGAUGAAUACAAUAUCAAAACAAUUGGAUGAAUUCAUUCAAUCAUAGAGACGCGAUAAUCUUUUAGAUGUAUGUGGGCUGUGCAACUGAACACAAUAGUACCGACAUGUUUUUCAGUUAUGUUAUGAUUGUGUUAUGUUCAUUUGGAUUUUGACUUCUUUAAAUUUAAAGCUUCAUCGGUCUCACUAAAACGUUUUAUGUAGAACAUGAUAGAGAAAAAUAAACUGACCAAUGUUUCCCUCAUUA